AUUUGCGAGGAAUCGAUCAAACUAGCGCGCAGUUUCCGCCAAUCGAAAAUUGUCACCCAAUCGCGACGUUGGCCACUCGCGCCGAAUUAUAGAUCCGCGGCAAUCCGGGACGUUUCAACAUCUAUUUUGAAAAGCGACUUGCGCAACCGUUCGUUCGCGUGAUUGUUCAACAAUUGUCUGCGAUCUCGCAAUCCGGUCGAGUCGUCGGAGCACGAGCAGCGACACUCAGUCGUGAUCGCAUGUUCCCGAAGGAAGCCCGAGGCUGGUCCGAGUCAGCUGUCAAAUUGUCAACAGAAAUCGAGAGAAGGUCGGCCGAGGUUUAUUUUCUUAAGAAAAUCGCACCCUUUAUCGGAAAUUGACAGCUAGGUGCGUAUCGAGUAUCCAGAAAUAGGCACGCGGAGGUGCGACAAUUGCCAGGUGAACGACGACGUGGACAGAUCGCCGGGUUGGACUGUUGUUUCGCACUCGACAGGCCGCCACGAAUCCUGUCAAAAUUCGGACCCGCGUAAUCGGGUGCCUUUGCACGACACUCGCGAUCCUGUCGCCUGUCGUGCUCGCACGAGAUACUUUGUACAUUAUGUACGGACGUUAUCAUGGGAGGAGCAAUCAGGAGCUCGUCCAGCAUCUCAGGCGAUCUAGGGUGAUUAAAUCCGACAGAGUGUUUGAGGCAAUGAAUUCUGUGGACAGAGGAAAAUAUACUCAUCCCAGUCAUGCUUAUAUAGAUUCUCCACAAGGGAUAGGUUACGGCGUCACCAUUAGUGCUCCUCAUAUGCAUGCAUAUGCCCUGGAAUUGCUUGAAGAGAAAUUGCGUAGUGGUGGAAAGGCACUGGAUGUUGGUUCUGGCUCAGGAUACUUGACAGCAUGUAUGGCCAUUAUGCUUGGACCACAAGGAUUAGCUGUUGGGAUCGACCAUAUUCCAGAACUUCGAAUGAUGGCUGAAGAAAACAUUCGGCACGAUCAUCCGGAACUUUUGCGCAGUGGACGUGUGGAAUUAGUUGUCGGGGAUGGAAGAUUGGGAUAUCCCGAUCGUGGACCAUAUAACGCUAUUCACGUGGGAGCAGCCGCUAAAGAAUUGCCACAAGCGUUAUUAGAUCAAUUAGCACCCGGUGGACGUUUAAUAGUACCAAUGGGACCUGAGAAUUCGGAUCAAACCUUAGUACAAAUCGACAAAACCCUAGAUGGCAGAAUCAAACAACGACCCUUAAUAAGCGUAGUAUUUGUUCCACUCACCGACAAGGAACGCAGUAUCACAUCGAUCAUGAGAUAUGUGUCUGCUCCAAUAAUCUAA